AUGCCCAAGUUCCUUUACCACGUCUUCCUCACCCAUGACUGGGGCACCGACGAGGCUGGUCGUGACAACCACGCUCGCGUGUCCAAAAUCAACGAUGUUCUCAAAGCCAAUGGCCUCGUCACGUGGUUCGACGCCGACCGCAUGAGUGGUAACAUCAAGAAACAAAUGGGCCACGGUAUUGAAAACUCGGCGCUCGUCGCCGUCUUCAUCACGCAGCGCUACAUGGAGAAGGUCAACGGUGCCAACCAGAACGACAAUUGCCAGCUCGAGUUCAACAUGGCGGGGAACACGCAGACGGCAGCGCGCCUCAUUCCGAUCGUCAUGGAGCCUCGCAUGAAGGAUCAGACCAAGUGGAAAUGCGAGUUCAAGCUCACGCUCGGCUCGCUGCUCUAUCUGGACGCAACUUCCGAUGCCAACCUUCUGCAGUUCUCCAACGAGCUUUCAACCAAAAUCAAGGAAAUGCUGGCCAAAACAACGCUCUUUCCAAACCAAGAUGACGUACUGAUCGAGGCGACGAAGGCCAGCCCAACGAUGGAUGUCGUGCAUGUCGAACCACCCAACACGACUCCAAUCGUCGCCGCUAUCCACGCGACGUUGCCAGUACCACCAAAAAAGGGUCCCAGCGGCGCUAGCGCUGUCGUACCCGUCAACAACACCUACCACUCAACACUAGCCGUGACGCAGCCAGCACCGCCAGCUUGGCUGUCGUCAGGUGGCGACCGCCUGCGUCUCAUCAAAAAGUCUCUCUUCGUCGUCAUAUCGGCAUUGGGCAGCUCGUCAUCGUCGUCCUCGACCGACACUACCGAGACGCCGACACCGAUCCCAACGCCAACGCCGACACCUACCCAAUGGUCUUCCCUGUGGUAGUAUGUACGCACGUUUAGAACGCAGCCGAGCAAUGAUGAAAUAUUUUCGACAUCA